CCUUAUUAUAUUUAAUAUUAUUCUUGUUAAUACAUCGGGUGUUAUGUAAAUUGUAUUCAACAAAGAACUUUAACAUGUCAAGUCAACGAAGUGGUUGUGAAAAGAGAAAACGUAAAGCCUGUAAAGAAGCAGAACUAUUAAAAAUUAAAAGUAAAUGUUCAAUAAAAAAUUAUUUUACAUCAAGCACAUCCAAUUUUCAAAGUUCUAGUGCAGAAAAUACAACAGAUUCUAUAUCUGACAGCACAAAGAAAAUUGAAAAUAAGGAACUACAUAGUGAUGAUGCUAGUGCAGAUAAUACAACAGAUUCCAUAUUCGAAAGUUCAAAGAAAAGUGAAAAUAAGGAACUACAUAGUGAUGAUACUAGUGCAGAAAAUACAACAGAUUCUAUAUUCAACAGUUCAAAACAAAGUGAAAAUAAGGAACUAUAUAGUGAUGAUGUUAAUAUGGUGAAUGUAUAUGAUCCGGUUAAUCCAUCAAAAGAUCGCUUAGAGUUCCAAAAUCGAAUUUUGAAAGGACGUUACAAGCCUAUAUUAGAUCUUUAUCCACGGUCACUUCAAAACUCUAAAAAAAGAGUAUAG